GAAGGAUGAUCAGAUAGAAGGAUGAGUGAAUGAAUGAAUGAACGGAUCCCGACCUGGGCUUCUUCUAGAGUACCGAAGACGCAAAAAAACCGGGAAAAGAGCACCUGUCAAUCAUCUAUCAACACAGACUAACGCCCAUCAAGCGUCCAAUGCUGGGAAGCAGCACGAGGAUUUGGACGUCUCUCCACGCAGCGCAGACCCAGUAGAAGUCAGUAGAGACCAGAGAAGUCCUGACUGCAGCAGCAGAAAUGGCUCCAGCAGCCAUGUCUGUUUCUCCAUCCUCUUUCACCUCCCUUCACCCCUUCCGCCUCGCCUCGCCCCUCCUCUUCUUCUUCCUCUCCGCCUUCCUCCUCCUGUCAUGCCCUGGAUCGGUGCAUGCGGACUCCUCGGAUAAAAACUGUUCAGCUAGUGGAGACCCCUGUCAGGAAGGAGUGAUACUGCCUGUGUGGAACCCUCAGAAUCCCUCUGUGGGCGACAAAGUGGCACGUGCCAUUGUUUACUUCGUAGCACUCAUCUAUAUGUUCCUGGGCAUGAGCAUCAUAGCGGACCGGUUCAUGUCUUCUAUAGAGGUCAUAACCUCCCAGGAGAAGGAAAUCACAAUAAAGAGGGCGAAUGGCGAGACCACCACCGCCACGGUCAGGAUUUGGAAUGAGACUGUCUCUAAUCUCACUUUAAUGGCCUUGGGUUCUAGUGCCCCCGAGAUACUGCUGUCAGUUAUUGAGGUGUGUGGUCAUGAUUUCGAGGCUGGCUCUCUGGGUCCCAGCACCAUCGUGGGCAGUGCUGCCUUCAACAUGUUCGUCAUCAUCGCCUUGUGUGUGUACGUGGUUCCCGACGGCGAGACGCGCAAAAUCAAACACCUUCGGGUGUUUUUUGUCACGGCGGCCUGGAGCGUCUUCGCCUAUAUCUGGCUUUACCUGAUUCUGAGUGUCUUUUCCCCUGGAGAGGUGGAGGUAUGGGAGGCAGUGCUGACUUUCCUCUUCUUCCCGCUCUGCGUGGUCCAGGCCUGGGUGGCCGACCGCCGCCUCCUCUUCUACAAGUAUGUCCGCAAGCGUUACCGCGCUGACAAGCACCGUGGCAUCAUCAUAGAGACGGAGGGAGGGGCGGACGGAGGCCUGGGGAUGGCCGGAGGAGGAGCUCUGGGUCCAGGAGGCUUCACCAAGAUGGACAUGCUGGAGCUGGACGGACAGAUGGCGCUAAAUUGUCACAGUGGGAUGGACGGAGGGAUGAUGGAAGAGGGAGGAGUAAAGGACGAGGAGGAUGAGGCCAGAAGGGACAUGGCCAGGACGCUGAAGGAUCUGAAGCAGAGGCACCCAGAUAAAGACAUGGAGCAGCUGAUUGAGAUGGCUAAUUAUCAGGUCCUGAUGCAACAGCAGAAGAGCAGAGCGUUCUACCGUAUUCAAGCAACCAGGAUGAUGAUCGGAGCUGGCAACAUCCUCAAAAAGCACGCUGCGGACCAGGCUCGCAAGGUGGUGAGCAGCCAUGAGACCCAGGCCCAGGAGGACGACCCUCACACCAUCAGGAUGGAUUUUGAACCCCCGUUGUACCAGUGCUUCGAAAACUGCGGCUCCUUAAAACUGACCGUUGCCAGACACGGAGGAGACCCUGGAGUUACUGUCAAGGUGGAUUAUCGCACAGAGGACGGCACAGCAAACGCAGGUUCAGAUUAUGAGUUUGCAGAGGGAACACUGCUGUUCAAGCCAGGAGAGACCCUCAAAGAGAUUACAGUGGGAGUGAUCGACGAUGACAUCUUUGAGGAGGACGAGUAUUUCUACGUGCACCUCAGUAACCCUCGUGUGGUCGGUUAUCCUGAGAUUGGAACCGCCCCUCUGGAUGCCAGCGCCACCCCAAAAGCCGUGCUGGGUGACAACCACACAGCCACAGUGACCAUCUACGAUGACGAUCACGCAGGCAUCUUUACCUUUGAGAUUGCCAGUCAGAAGGUGAGUGAGAGCGUGGGUGUGAUGGAGGUGAAGGUGCUCAGGACUUCGGGGGCCCGAGGCCUGGUAGCCGUCCCUUACCGAACCGUGGACGGCACCGCUAAAGGAGGGGAAGACUAUGAACUGGCUGCUGGGAAACUGGAGUUCCAGAAUGACGAGACCAUGAAGAUCAUUGAGGUGAAGAUUAUUGACGAUGAGGAGUAUGAGAAAAACAAGACCUUCACCAUCGAGCUGGGAGAGCCUGUCCUGUUGGAGAUAGGGCAGAAACACGGUGACUCCAAUGAAAACAAGCCGUUGGUGGGAGCGGAGGAUGAAGAGGUGGCCAAAAUGGGCUGUCCCAGUCUGGGCGAACACACACAAGUAGAGGUGGUCAUAGAAGAGUCCUACGAGUUUAAGAGUACAGUAGAUAAGUUGAUCAAGAAGACAAACCUGGCCUUGGUGGUGGGAAGCAGCAGCUGGAGGGAGCAGUUUGUCAGUGCCGUUACUGUCAGCGCAGGAGACGACGACGAGGAGGAGAGCGGCGAGGAGCGGCUGCCGUCCUGCUUCGACUACAUUAUGCACUUCCUCACCGUCUUCUGGAAGGUUCUGUUCGCCUUCGUCCCGCCCACAGAGUACUGGAACGGCUGGGCCUGCUUCAUUGUCUCCAUAUCACUUAUCGGCGUCCUGACAGCGGUCACAGGCGAUCUGGCUUCUCACUUCGGGUGCACGAUAGGACUGAAGGACUCGGUGACGGCUGUGGUGUUCGUGGCGCUGGGAACAUCAGUGCCAGACACAUUCGCCAGCAAGGUUGCCGCCAUCCAGGACCAGUACGCUGACGCCUCCAUCGGCAACGUCACCGGCUCCAACGCUGUCAACGUUUUCCUUGGAAUCGGCGUAGCGUGGACCAUCGCCGCCGUUGCCUGGCGCUCCAGGGGCAAGACGUUCCACGUGGACCCGGGAAACCUGGCCUUCUCCGUCACCCUCUUCACCAUCAUGGCCGUGUUGUGCGUGCUCAUACUGCUGUACCGGCGGCGGGCAUCAGUGGCUGGCGGCGAGCUGGGCGGGCCGCGGACUUGCAAGAUGGUCACGUCGCUGCUCUUCGUCUCUAUGUGGCUGAUUUACAUCCUGCUGGCUUCACUGGAGGCCUACUGCCAUUUACCAGGGUUUUAAUGGAGAGGAGAGGGGAGGGAGAGAGACCCACUGCCAAUAUGAAGAGAGAGAGAGAGGGAGGCAUGGAUGAGGAGAGAUGGGUGAUAGAGACGGAUCAAUAUUGGCUGAUUCUGGUAUUUUUUAUGGAGUCAGCAGAUCUUUCAUUUCCGAAACAAUUUUCAGUGUUUCAGAAAAGAUUUUUCUCUUUCCGUUUAUUUUUUUCCUGAAAAAGAAGGUUUUACCCUAUAAAAACACUAAAACUCCACUUAUAUCCAAACUUUUUUUACAUGCUCUUUUAAGGAAGGAGACCUAGGGUGCAUAAAAGAAUAAUUUAACAUAAAGAAUUUUAAAGAGCGCUUUAUGUUGUUACCUCAAUUAUCAAUCAUCACCAGUCGACAACAGUGCUGAUUAGCUAAUGAGAGGCUGAUAUCCAGUAUACUGCCAAACCAGCAGCAGAGAAGAAGAGAUAGACAGCAAGGAGAGCUGCAAGGAGGGAAAAAAACGAAGAUGAAAGGAAGGUUAAAAGAUAAAAGUGGCAAAGUUGAGAGAGGAAGCUGGAGGCAACAAAACUGCUGUGGAGAAAAGUCUCUGUCGACGGAGAGACAGGAGUAAAUACAACAUGGAAAAAAAGUCAAAGAAGAAAAAUAGAUGGGAGAAAACACUCUACACACCCUCCUCACUCUCUCUCUCUCUCUAUCACGCUUCUGUCUUUACUGUAUCUCGUUGUCACAGGAAGGGUGGAUCCUCCCAUUUUACCCGCUGAACUGAAUCUUAUACUACCAGUGACUGAUAACUUUUACCCUUUCUUCCCCCAACACACACACACAAACACAUUUUGGGGCCCUCAGGUGAAUCUGCAGAGGAGGACCACUCGCUAACUUGCGGGCAAACAGGCAAGAUAAAAACUGACAACUGGUCUUUUUCCUUCUUUUCUUGAAUACACUGUGUGAAAUAAACCUUCCACACACAUUCUGUACACUCCCUCCUCUACAAACACUGACUGUACACACUCCUCCGUCCCUCCCUCUGGCCUUAUUCUUACCUCUCCCCUGUAGGAAUUGUCUUAAAGUUGUGAUAAUGAAACGCUGUAGUGACCACCAACCAACCCCUCUUUUUAAUCGAGCCAAUCCCAAGUCUUUCUCCUUUUACGCCAAUCAACAGCCUCGUUUAUCCCACGAAGGAAACGCCCACCCCCCCUUUUUUUCUAAACUUUUCAAUGGCGUCACGUGUUGAUGUUGUUACCGUGCAAUUGUAAAAAGAACAAAAAAAGACUUAUAAAUAUGGAGAGAUGGAGAUAAAGAACGUUAAAGCAUGUGGUUUGGAAGAUGGAAUGUAACAAAGAUGAUCAAGAUGUUGGAUCAGCACCUGGAGGAAAUAUACAGUAUAAAAGUGGGAUGGAGAAGCAAGAGAAAUGUGUGAUAAGCAGAGAUGAGUCUGGAGAACCAAGCAGUCCACUUAGUAUUAGAUGUGUUUCUUGCAAUGAAAAAGCAUUGUGCACUACUGAUGUGAGGUACACUGUUUACUCUCAAUGGAGAGGAAACAAACAUGUCAACAAGCAAAGACGGAACCAAACAGGAAAUGAUGUAACGCCAAAAGACAUCAACGAACGUCGAACAACGAUCUCACUCAGAAAGAUGACAAAUCAAGACUAUGACCAUACCCAGUGUUUCUAAUUGUACAUGAUAAUAUAAGGAACUUUUAUUGAUGUGUGUGAGAAAACACCCAUAUUUAAUUCAUGUGAAGACCCCCUCUUUGCAAGGAAAAUCCUGGAGGAGGAAGUAAGAUCCACAUGCUCUUUUUUUCUCUGAAACACAGUUCAAUGAAACAUUUUAAGGAAAUCCAUCACAAGGGGGGAAAAAAGGCUGUAAGAUGGUGAACACGAAACCAGAGACGGUUCACAGACGGAGAGAAUGCUCUGAGGGAGAUGUACGGCAGCUCUGAAAUAUCACAAGACUGUUCUGCAGCAGAUGUAACACUGGGACGUUUCUUUGUACUCAAAACAAAAAUCACAAGUUCUCUGUUGUCCAAAGAUUUAAUGGAAAAACACUCACGGAUCACCAUUCAUUUUCAGUGUGCAGUUUUACCAUGCAGGCAUUGUACAAGUCCCACAAGCAGCCAGUUGUAGUUGGAAAAAACUGGCAAAUUUAAAGUCAUUAAGGUGU